GUUGGGGGAACAAUGAUCUUCCCUGGAAUAUCCGGCCAUGAAUUGGCAACGCUACCAUCGCUUGGGAACGAUCUACCAGUUCAUGCAAGAUUUAGCCAAGCAAUUUCCUCAUCUCGUUGAAGUAUUCAGUAUUGGGAAAUCCUUUGAAGGGCGGGAUCUCCUCGUGGCCAAAAUCGGCAAGAAGCAAAACUACGAGAAACCGGCAAUUUUCAUCGAAGGCGGCAUUCAUGCUAGAGAAUGGAUCAGCCCGGCCACGGUAACGUUUAUCCUCCGACAAUUGGUGCUCAACUAUGACCUGAACCAGGAUAUUGUCAACUUCUAUGAUGUUUACAUCCUGCCCGUCAUGAAUCCUGAUGGGUACGAGUUCACCCACACCAAGGAUCGGCUUUGGAGAAAGAAUCGAUCCAAAGCGCCAAUUAGCCUUGGCAAUCUCUUCCCAGGAUGUGUUGGAGUGGAUCUGAACCGAAAUUUUGGAUUCCAUUGGGCAGAACCGAGCAUCAAACAUAUCAGAGGAGGUUCUUCCCUUCCCUGCGUAGAAACAUAUCAAGGCGAAUCGCCAUUCAGUGAAUCCGAGUCACGCGCAGUGUCUGAUUUCGUCUUCUCCAAACGACAUCUUAUUGUGAUAUAUCUAUCAUACCAUAGUUAUGGAGAAAAGAUCGUGUAUCCUUGGAGUUACACUGCACAACCAGUAUAUGAUGUCGACGACCUACAUCCCAUGGCAAUAGAAAUGUCCAACGCAAUCUUUGACGAAAGCUUGGGAAAGAAACGCUUUGAGGUGGGCAGUUCGCCAUUCGUUCAAUAUUCAGCUUCCGGCGGCUCCGACGACUGGGUCAAAGGUUCGGCGGGAGUCAAGUGGGUGUUUCUCCUUGAGCUGCCAGACAAGGGAAAAUAUGGCUUCCUUCUGCCAGCCAAACAGAUUGUUCCCACAGCUCGGGCUGGAUUGGCGGCACUGCGGGCAGUGUCGUCAAAAGUGAGCUACACUUUAGUGCGAUGAAAAAAAAGGUCAUGACGAAGAGCCCUUACUUGACAAAAUGGUGCUAGGAAACUUCGCGGAAUUGAAGAGAAGGAAGGUUCGAGGCUCAAGUCUCGAUUGUAUGGCCGGCCAUAUUCCGAAGCCAACUCUAUUUUCACUGGUCCACUGUUUUCCUGUUACUAGUCAAAGUGUGUUGUCAAGGUUGUCCGUUUCGUUGGUGAUUCGUUAAUUUGUUUGAUUGUUGCCAAUAAAUAACAUUUCCCGA